AUGACGUCAGAUGUGAGCGCCGAGGAUCAGCGAAAGAUCGUUGCCGAAUUUCAACGACUUCGUGAAGAACAAAAAGAAAUCGCCGAAGAAAUUACACGAGUCGAAGAGGAGAAACGAGAACACAAAAGAGUAAUAGAAGUGCUCUCGGAAGACUGCGAAGAAGAUCAGAAAUGCUAUCAACUUAUCAGCGAUUCGAUGGUCGAGCUGACUGUUGGUAAAGUGCUACCCCAAUUGAAGGAUAAAUUUGAAAAGUUGUCCUCAGUCGCCGAAAUGCUUAACAAACGAUUGGUAGACAAGGGAAAAGAGCUCAACGAUCACCGAGUGAAACACAAUAUUCGCAUCCUCUCACAAAAGGAAUCGGAGGAAGUUCGGCAAAAAAUGGUGGAAGCUCAAAUGGCCCAAUUGAAGAAA